AUUUAUUUGUUCAAACGUAUGGCCCUGCGAAUGGAAAUUAGUGUGAAGUGAUGUACGAAAAGCAAGAAGGGAAUUACGUCAAAAGCAAACCCCGUGCAAUGCAUCUGGAUUAAUUGACGGGUGGCCGGUACAUUUGCAUCGUUAUCAUCAUCACCGUCAUCAUCGGCAUCAUCGGCAUCAUCGUGAUCGACAUGCAGUCGCAGUGGCUCUCACGAAAUUUGAAUAAUACAAUCGGUUAAUCAAUCGGUGGAAUAUUUAUUAUUGUGGCUCCCGGGAAGCGACGUGCGUCUCCUCCGUGUUGGAUAUAUACCACCUCUUGGUCCAACGCUAGGGGAGCUACAGAGUUAUUAUACCGUGUACGAAAAUCCGAGUGUGUGAAAAUAUAACCAAGCGGCGGUCAUCGCCUCGUCAGUCCUGGAUUCUUGGCUCGGUUUAGGCGAUCACUCAUCCUCGGCGAGCCACCCGAUAGCGAUCGCUGAUGUGCCAACGGGCCCGGGGUAUGACAGGGUGAGCGUCGUCCAGGUUGACGACGGCGACGAGGAGGACGAGGAAGACGAGGACGCGGGCUGUCAUGAAUUUCGAAAUAAGGAUCGCGUACCAGGAGCGGUAUCAGAGUCAGUGAGUGUCUCAGAAAUCGUCGAGGUGACAGCCUCGAGGAAGAAGCGGAAUAAUAACGAUCCGUCGGUGCGCGAUAAGCCCCAAGCCCAACCCCAACGAGAGAAGGGAGGAGGACCGCAGCCGGGCGAAGAGGUCGCAGCGGAAUCAUGGCCGCCGCCUGUUACGAGAAGGAAGUGGUGAUCGGGGUCGGACACGGGCACGGACACCACGGGGUCAUAUCCGCAACCCCGGCCCCCGGGCAGACGGUUCUGCCCCCGGCCUCGACGGGCCUCGCUAUAAGCGCCGCGGGUCCGGGGGCCUACAAGGAGUACUGCAAGGAGCAGGUUACCGCCUACAAGGACUACUCCCAGCCGCUCCACGUGGAUUGCAGCGUCGAGUACGAGCUGCCGAGCCAGGCGAAGCCGCCCCCCGGCGGCGGCGAACCCCUGCUGAUGAUACACCCCUGCUACUAUCGGCGGGCCGAGCGGGAGCGGCGAAGCCCCUUUGUCAACAACCUUCCGCCACCCGCGACAGCCACGGUGGCGACGUCAAGUCGAAGCAGGAGCCGCCGCUCGACGACAUCCGCGAGUUCGUCGUCGUCGUCGUCGUCGUCGUCGUCGUCUGCGGCGGCGGCAUCGUUGUCAUCGUCCUCGGCAUCGGUAUCGGCGGCGGCUGCGGUUGCGGCAGCGGCAGCAACAUCGGCCGCUUCUAGCAUCGCUGCGGCGGCAGCCGUCGCCGCGACCCAAAGUUCCUCUUACCACGCGGCCCUGACGGCCGCCGCGUCCCUAGGCCAGCAGGCCUCGUUGACCCAGCAGCAGCUGACUGCCCUAUCUCAGCAGCAGCAGCAACAGCAGCAGCAGCAACAGCAACAACAACAACAACAACAGCAACAACAACAGCAACAACAGCAGCAGCAGACGACUGUCCCGACGGCGACGAGCCUGAUCUCGGCCGACGAGAAGGCCGUUAUAUCAGAACUCCUCGCGGUGCCGGGCAGCGCAGUCUCGCUCCUGGAGAUGAAGGCACGGCAGCAGCAUCAGCAGCAGCAGCAGCAGCAUCAUCAACAGCACCAGUCAGGGGUCCUGGGCCAUCACCGACAGCCCGCGGUGGGAAUAGCGGCUGUAUCCUGCAGAGGCUGUCGUCCCCAGCCCCAUCCGUACGCGCGGCUGCAGCCCUGGGCAGUUGCGGCCCAGCCAACCCCGCAACAGGCACCGGCAGCGCCGACCCGGACGCGAGCCCGGGAGCCUGCGGGUCUGCCGGAGCACGCAAACGGGGCGAAUACCAACGGGACGACGUCCAGGCGGUGGAGCGGGAGCGCGGCGAGCAAAAGGAGACAAUCCGGGCAGCAGCAUCCUCUCGUCACCGCCGCUUCCGCCGCGCAACACCCCGUCCUUCAUUCCCUGGCCGCUGCCGCUGCCGCCGCCGCUGCCUCCUCAGCCUCAGCCUCGGCCUCCUCCUCCACCUCCUCCUCGUCCUCCGCAACAUCGUUGCAACAAAACUCGUUGCUCCAAAAUCAUCAAAUCGGCAAUUCGUACACGGCGUACGAUUCUUCGUCGACCAAUCGUUCGUUGCAAGCGAAUGUCUCGAAUCAAAAGAACCAACUCUCACACGGACGGCAGCAGCAGCCAACUGCAGCCUCUGCACAGAUGGGAUAUACAUCCGGUGGUAUAUCUGGCCUACAGAAAACUCAUCAUCAAGGAAUAACGCUCUCCGCCGCUACGCCCCGGUGUCACCAGAGUAGCCUGAGUCAUUCAACGGUAUCUCAAAAACAGACUCACCAUCAUCAUCAUCAUCAUCAACAUCAACAGCAGCAGCAGCAGCAAACAAACGCAAUACAAAACUCGGGAAAUUUGAAUCAAAUCUCUCAUAGCCUGUCACAGUUGUCGCAUUCCCAGCAACAGCAACAGCAACAGCAACAGCAACAGCAACAGCAACAGCAACAGCAACAGCAACAGCAACAACAACAGCAGCAGCAGCAGCAGCAGCAGCAUUACCAAAGCAUGUCAGUGUCGAACGCGGAGAACUGGUUACUCGGCAAUUACUUAGCAGCCCCUAGUAGCAACGUCACGUGUACGGAAUGGUGUCAAGGUGGCAAGGGGUGCGCCUGUGUAUCCUGUACGUCGCGAAGAACCUAUUCCCAGAAUCAGAGCCAAGGAGGUGGAAGCUGGUACUACCCGCAGCACGAAACUACGAUAAGCUCGUCGAGCCAGCUGCACAGACUUUUUCAGAACGUGUAGCAUAUGGUCUGUUAAAUCAUUCAUUCAUCACCCCCUGACGACACGCGUUGCCAACUCCUUGUAUCGAUGCACUUUCCGAUUAUUUUUACUAUUUAUAAUAGCAUUAUCAUUAUUAUUACUAUUAUCGUUAUCAUCAUUCUUGUUAUUGUUAGUCAACGACCGAGGCUACGGAAUCUUAUUUCCCGACCGCAAAAAUCUUCUUCUUCUUCUUCGUUUUCUUAACCUCAUCAUCCGGAGACGAAACUAUGCCCGCGUGAGAGCCGACGACUCGCUAGGCUUCUUCUUUCUCCCCGACGAAGCCACAAGCUAAGAAAAUGAUAUCAUUACCUACCUUUUCGUGCAUGCAACGCUUCGUGUCAACGUACGUUGGACCUCCGUGCAAUGCAUCAUAUUUGUUACAAGGAGA